GUGCUUUUAUUUUGAAAACAGCUUCCGUGACGUGCAUCCGUUUUACACUGUUGCUAAUCAAUGGCUAGCAAUCUCGUCCUGAUACUUUGUAAAAUGACUUUGUAAGUGACUUAUUAUUGUCUCAAGCAUGGAAACCACCGGCAGACCUGAUCAAAUGGAAAACACUGGUUCGUCUUUCUGGGGGAUUUUUAUGUGGCAGCUUUAAACUAGAUGACUUUAAAUGUCGUUCACUCAUAGCCUGAGCUAGCCUGUCUCAUGUAAACACAGCAAACAUGGAGCUAAUGCGAACUAUAAUGUAUGUUUGACUAUAUCAAGCAUGAUGCACUAGUUAAAUAGAAUAAUUUUACUAAGAUGUUCUCUUCAUAUUAAUUACUAGAUUGUUUCUUUUAGCAUUUCUCAAAUGUGCCCAGCUUUUUGUAUGUACUGCUGGUAUUAAAUAAAAAUGCAUCAGUUAAAGCUCCUGUCAGGAGUUUUUUUAUUUGGUCACUAGACUAAAUAUAACUGUUGAUAACUUGCAAAAGCAAAUGAGACUACUUGCAUAAAGAAUAACUAUGUCUAAGUAUCUAUUUUUAACAUCUUCAAACACUUACAGGGAAGUUUUUACACGAACUGCGUGUUAAUAUUUACCAACCUUAGUAAAUAUUCUUCCCAGCAAAGUUUCAACAAGUGAUGCUUUAAUUCUUAAAAUAAGCAAAAUAAGAGUUAAUCUCCAAAAAGAAAACUCAGCUUUGUUGCACAUGUGCAGAAAGAAACCAGCUGUAUUCGUUUGUCUACAGGGGGCGCCAGAAUCAACACAAACUGAUGAGGAGUUUUACCACUUGAUGCUUUACUGUGUUAAAACCAUAGACUAUAUAAACUAUGGACAACUUGGUUCUGCCUUCCGCCAGUACACAGAUUUAAAGCCAAAAAGCUCUCGGUAAGGUGGAGGUGGUGGAACUUUCUCGUACCAUCCUACAAAUAAAAAUAUCGCCCCCUGGGUGAGCUACGCAAUUUGAGUACGCCCAUAGGCUGUAUCAAGUGUCAAUCAUAGAAAACAUGAACCCCCUAAUAACUUUUAUAAAUGAAGCUGUAUGGAAAAAAGAAAAAUGAGCACAAACCAGUCUGACAGUAACCACGUGUCAACAUCACAAGCAGGGGGGAGAAAUUUUUAUAUAUCUUGCUUUAAUUUAUAAAGUUUGUCCACAGCUCCAUAAGGAUUGUUGGCGGAGGCGGGAUUUAUGUCCAUUCUAUAAACAGUCUAUGGUUAAAACAGACAAAAACGUUCCAACUUUAACAAAUGUAAAGUUACUCGCAGAGGUAAAUCAUAAUCUCGAUCCACUCCAUGUCCGUUCUGAUGCAGAUAUAUUCCUGCCGCUGUCUUCACUGAGGCUGCUGAUCCCUCCUCUGCGGCUGCUCUCUGCAGCAAUGUGGCAGGUCGCUCAGCGGAGAGACGUCCUGGAUUAUGAAAAACUGGAUGAGUUUGUCACGCUGGUGACGGCGACAGUCCCAGACCUGCUUAGUCCAAAGCAAAGAGGAAAGCUGCUUCUACGACUAAGGGCCAGGGUGAGUCAAAUUUACUCAAAUUAAGUCUGAUUAAAAAUGCUCAGGCGGUUUCCGGUUCAUAUCUGGAGGCAGUGUUGCACUCGACAGUGUGCAGCCUGCAGAAGACGGUGCAUUAAAACUUCAGGACCCAGGGCCUACUGUAUAAAGUUUGUAACUUUAUGACAUGCAAAGUUUAUUAACUGCAAAGUGUCAUCUGUCUUUUUACCGUCUUACAUCUGGAUCUCCUGAUUUUAAGUUUGCUUGUUCUGCAGCCAGGGCGGUAAAGUGGUGUAGUGGUUUCACAACAAGAAGGUCCUGGGUUUGAAUCCGGUUUAAGGCGUUUCUGUGUGGAGUUUGCAUGUUCUCCCUGUGUCUGCGUGGGUUUACUCUGGGUACUCCGGUUUCCUCCCACAUCCCAAAAACAUGCAGAAGUGGGGUUAGGUUAGGUUAAUCGGCCACUUUCAAAUUGCCCGUAGGUGUGAAUGUGAGCGUGGAUGGUUGUUUGUCUCUAGAUGUCAGCCCUGCGAUAAACUGGCAACUUGUUCAAGGUGUCCCCUGCCUUCGCCUGAAGAUGCUGGGAUAGGCUCCAGUGACCCCAGGAACGGGAAGAAGCGGUAGAAAAUGGAUGGAUGUUCUUCAGCCUCCAUGUUAUGCAGUGAAAAUAAGAGGAAUUUCUACUCCAAAUACAGUCAAUGUCUUACCCAGCCUCCAACAUUUUCAUCUAAAAGAAAGGCAGAGAAAGCUGCAGAUACCCUCUUAAAAGGAUUAACAUCCAAAUGAUGUAAACUUUGCUUUGAGGGUACCAUUUUUAUUUUUUUACAUCUUCUUCACAGAUUAUUCUUGAGCUGUGCAGAAAUGAGGAAACAGCCAAAACAUUGUGUGUAGAGCCUCAUCUGGAAAGAAUCCGUCCAGCUGGAUACACAGGAGUAAGUGAAAGCUGUGCUUUUAUUGUUGUCUCCUCCUAUUUCAAUAAAAAUAUGCUGGUUCUGCUUGGCUCAUACAUGCAGAAGCCCUGCAUAUACUGGUCAGACAGAGCAUUAUAUGCAUGAGGAGACAACACUUGGUAAUAUUGAGUGUCUUUCAGAGUGGAGACGCAGAGGUGGAUGCAGAAGUGGCCAUUUUUGUGGAGCUUGUUCAGACACUUCUGAAAGACCCAGCAGAGAGGGAGCAUUUCUACCAGGCAAGCCAGCACACAUGCGACCCAACAGCCGUUCUUUAAUUUUCCCUCUUUAUGAGUCAUGUGGGGAUUUUGAAGCAGCCGUUCCCUUUGUGCCCCUCAGGAGGUUUUUCCAGCAGAAUACGGUCUCGGCUACGACACAGACAUGCAGCUCCUCGUGUGGGAGUUUCUGUCUAAACUGGAGAAACUCCUGCCUGUACCAGACCUCAGUCAGGUAGGCGGUGACACCAGAUAACAGAAGCUGGUCACUUGAAGCAUGUUUGUAUUGACACUGUUCAAAGACUCUUAUUAAAUCCAGUACUGGCAAUAGCUUUGGUACCGAUUAUUUUCAGGAUAAUGCCUCAUGAACUUUGUUUUUCACUCAGACCCUGCGAUGUGAUGUUUAGCUCAUUCGUGCUGACAGGUUGGCUUUUGUCCAUAAACAGACUGUUUCAUGGCUGACCUCUGCCCCCUCUGUACUGAAGGACUGCUUACAACCGCUCACAAGUCCUGACGACCUGAGGUCACUGCUGCAGCACCACAAGAGCCUCGAGAGUCUGGGAGCACAAGGUAAACCAGAAACUCCGUUAAAACUGUUUUCAAACAACAAACCCCAGAAGGAACGCUGUGUAAAUUAUGGACGAGAAUAAAGAAGAAUUUAAUGGUUUCCAAGUCAUUUAAAACUACGGAUGGUUGAUAGUGGUGCAGUGACAGAAUAUCAGAAAACUGAGACUGAACAUUUUUUAUGUUUUAUGAAAAAGAUGUUAAUUUUUUAAAAACGUUUUAGACAGGAUCGACAAAAGACUGGAAAAAAUGAAAUCUGUUUAUUUGCAACAUAUUAGUAAGAUGACUAUAAAAGAGCGCUCCCAUAUAGGUCAGAGUGAUGAGAUACAAAAUCACAAGUACAAAAUAAAUCACUAAAAUAGUUAUUUAUAUAGUAUAUAAAUAAUAGUAAAAAAUAUAAUAGUAAAAAAGUACAAAAUAAAUAAAUAACGCAAUAAAGUUGGACUUGAGAGAAAAUGAGGCAUAGUUAUGAGAUAGAUGUCAGAGUUUUGAGUUAAAAAUCACAAAUGAAUUCAAAAAUAAAAUGUGAGAUAUUAAAUCAGUUAUAUGAUAAAAGUCAAAUGACGAGUUAUGAGUAUUUUAAAACUCAACUUUUUAUCUUGAGUUUGUUUUUUUAAAUCUUGUAAUUUAGAAAUUUAAUGAAAUAAAUGAGAUAAUCUCAUAACUUUGACUUUUAUCUCAUUAAUUAGACUUUUUUUACCUCACAAUUCUGACUGAAUUUUUCAUCAUUUUGACUUUUUCACAGUUUUUAUUUUGUCUCUUAUUGUGACUUUUUAAUCACAAUUAAGGACAUUUCAUUUUUGUUGUAAAGUUAUGACUUUUAAUUAUGACUGUAUUUUAUUAUGAUGACUAUAUCACAUACUUAUGGCUUUAUCUGAAAGUUUUGACUUUUUAUCUUACAUCGAUGACUUUUUACUUGUAACUAUUAUUUUUCAUUUCAUAGUUAUGAAUAACUUUCUUACAAUUUUACCUUGUAUCCAUCAUGAUGACUCUUUAUCACAGAACUUUGACAUUUUAUCUAAAAGUUUUGACCAUUUAUUAUAAAUUUUUGACUUCUAAUUAUAAUUUCUACUUCUAUUUUACCUCAUAGUAAGGACUUUUUGUCUUGUAUUUAUUUUUUGUAUCAUAGAAUAAUGAUCAUUUAUCCCAUAAUUUGAACUUUUUUUCAUAAUUUUGACUUUCUGUCUUGAAAUUUUGACUUAAUUUUUAGGAUUGAGGGAGAAGCUGAUCAUUUGUUGUCCAGAAAAUACAGUUAGUUUGCGUUGAUGUAAUUAAGUAAUCUUGAGCAGUAAUAUUGAUACUGAUGUUGUCUUUAAUUUGCACAGGCACCACUGUGGAGAUGUCCACCCAGGUCUUCGCCUGCUCCGAGUGCCCGUUCUUCCACAUGCAGGAGUCCUUUCUGCUGCAGCACAUUGAGCAGAGUCACCCUGAGCAGUUCAGCAAACUGCAGAGUGCUGCAGAGCAACCUGAAGCCCCAAGAAGGAAGGUCCAGCGUCCGGAGUUCCCGAAACCGUUCCCCAUUCAUGACAGGCCUGACCCUCACAUGUGCCAGGAGUGCGGUAAAACCUUCACACGUGCCUCAGACGUGACACGUCACCAGCGGACGCACACAGGUGAGCGCCCCUAUACCUGUGAGGAAUGUAAGAAGGGCUUUAAGAACUCCUGGGAUCUGACCAGACAUCAGCGCAUCCACACCGGAGAGCGGCCCUUCCUGUGCUCGCAGUGCGGGAAACGCUUCACGCAGAUGGGGCUGCUGAAGCUGCAUUUUGAAAGAACUGCCUGUGGCCAAACUUGUAACCCCCCUCUUGAAUUUAUGACGGAGGUUGUUGUAGCAGAGGAGACAUCAGAGAAAGUGGGCGGUCAGUACAAGUGUCAAAAAUGCGGCGAGAGCUUCAGCAGCAUCUUGGAGAGGCUGCGGCACAGGCAGAGGCAUGUGGUGAGGCGUCAGUACAAAUGCUCGCUGUGUGAGAAGAUCUACAGCCGAGCGUCAGACCUGAAGAGGCACCAGAUGAAGCACACAGGGGAGCGUCCGUUUGCCUGUGAGUGCGGGAAAACCUUCACACAUGUUUGGCUUCUGAAUAAGCACCGGCAGAUCCACACCAGGGAGCGCGCGUUUCCCUGCACAGAGUGUGGAAAGAGCUUCACGCAGCUCCAGAUCCUGAACAGACACCUGCUGACUCACAGCGGACAGCGGCCUUUCCAGUGCUCCCACUGUGAGAAAAGCUUCAGCCAGCUGGCCAGCCUCACCCGCCAUGAAAGAACCCACACAGGUGAGCGGCCUUUCCCCUGCUCCACCUGUGAGAAGACCUUCCUCACUCACGGAGAGCUGGUGAGGCAUCAGCGCAGCCACAGCAGCCUCAGACCGUUCAGCUGCCCGCAGUGUCCCAAGAGCUUCAAAACCAAGCGAGCUCAGAGCGAACACAUCAACACACACACAGGAGAACGCCCUUUCGCCUGCACACGCUGCGGGAAGAGGUUUGCCAAGUCCACCUCGCUUGUCCGCCACAACCUCACUCACACGGGGGAGCGGCCACACCAGUGCUCGCACUGCGGGAAGACCUUCCUCACCUCUGGAGAACUCCUUCUCCACAAACGCAUCCACACAGGAGAGAGGCCGUAUCCCUGCUCUUACUGCGAGAGGAGGUUCAGGUGCUCCUCGGACCUCAACAUGCACAUCAGGACUCACACGGGGGAGAAACCACACAGCUGUCUGUUCUGUAAGAAGAGUUUCUCCACCUCUACCAGACUGAAGAGGCAUGUGCGCACACACAUGGAGAAGGGCAUAGUGGUGGAGUCACUGAGUCAUUGACCUGACAGGAGUGAGUGUUGUUUUAUAAUGUCAGAUGAUUGUGUCUUUUUAGUGGGAAUAAAAUCAUCUGGUGCUUUUAUUCCACAUGAGAUGACACUGAAAGAGACACUUCUCAUCAACAAAUACAAACUCCAAUUCCAGUGAAGGUUGGCUGUUGUGGGAAACAUGAAUAAAAGUCGAAUACAAUGAUUUGUAAAUCUUAAAUUCAGCUGAAUAUCCUACAAACACAAAAUAUUUAAUGUUCAAACUGAUAAACUGGAUUAUCCUUUUGCAAAUAUUCACUCAUUUUGAAUUUGAUGCUGCAACACGUUUCUCAAAAGUUGGUUCAGGGUCAACAAAAAAACUAAGAAAAUUGAGGACUGCUCCAGAAACACCUGUUUGGAUCAUUCCACAGGUGAGCAGGUGAGUGUCAUGAUCUGGUCGAAACAGAGCAUGCCUGAAUGGCUCGGUCCUUCACAACCAAGGACCGGGCCAGGUUCAGCGCUUUGUCAACAACUGCGUGAGCAAACAGUCAGACAGUUUAAAGAAUUGCAGGAAUUUAGAGAUUUGAUCAUCUACAGUUUGUAAAAUGAUCAAACGAUUAAGAGAAACCUGCAUGUAAGCAGCAGUAACAGAAAAAACAAACAAACGAAUAUAAAACAUCGUGAUAUUAAACUAAACUGCAAGGAGAGAUUUAUAUAAAAGAGAUUUAUAUACUAUAUCUUUAUAUAUUUUUGUUUUUCAAUAAGCAAAACUAUGUGACCUGGAGAGCUACCAUCAAUGGUUGAGCAAGUUUUUCGGUUAAUGAUAAACAGAGAAAUGAUUACUCUGGUUGUUUUUGGAGACCUUAGAAGGGAAAUGUAUCCAGUAGGUUUACUGGAAAACUUCCAAAUAAAUGUCUGACUCUGUA